AUGCACGACAAGAUCGUCCCCCUGGGCUCGCGCCUACAUUACCCUAUCAUCGUUACGAAACUCCUCAAGAAACCCGGCGAUACGAUCAAGAAACAAGAAAGCAUUUUCGAGUACAAGUUCCACUGGAAGCGCAAGGUUAACGAAGAGACUUGGAACGAUGAAACCACAUACACCGAGUUCGACAGCCCCGCCGAAGGCAAGCUCAAACAAUGGCGCAUCCGCGAAGGCCAGGAGAUCGCGGCUGACUCGCCCUGUCUGAUGGUUGAAGAAGCGUGUGGUCAUGAAGUUCAGGUGCAGGGUCUUUGCAGUUUGUGCGGCGCUGACAUGACCGAGAUCAACUGGGCGAGUGAUAACCUCGACACAGAUCGCGCUAUGAUCAACAUGAGCCAUGACCAGACUGUCUUGAGAGUCAGCGAAAGCGUCGCUACAAAGGCCGAGCACGAGAACCAGAAGCGCCUACUCAGACAACGGAAACUGAGUCUCGUUGUCGAUCUUGAUCAAACUAUUAUUCAUGCUUGUAUAGAACCCACGAUCGGAGAGUGGAAGAACGAUCCGACGAAUCCUAAUUACGAAGCUGUGAAGGAUGUGAGGGACUUCCAGCUCAAUGACGACGGUCCUCGCGGAUUGACCAGCGGCUGCACAUACUAUAUCAAGCUUCGACCUGGGUUGAUGGAAUUCUUGGAUGAGGUUUCCAAGAUGUAUGAGUUGCACGUUUACACCAUGGGCACACGCGCCUACGCCCUCAACAUCGCCAAGAUCGUUGACCCCGAACAGAAGCUCUUUGGAAACCGGGUCAUCAGUCGUGAUGAGAAUGGUAGCAUCACUUCCAAGAGCUUACAACGUCUGUUCCCCGUCAGUACAGACAUGGUAGUUAUCAUUGACGACCGAGCCGAUGUGUGGCCUAUGAACCGACCGAACCUUAUCAAGGUGGUGCCCUAUGAUUUCUUCAAGGGCAUUGGCGACAUCAACUCGAGUUUUCUGCCUAAGCGAACGGAUAUUCUACCUAUACUCAAGUCGAAGCCGGUGGAAAAGGGCGUGAAAAUAGCACCAAAAGCCUCACCAAUGGAUGAAAUCGCUCGAAUGAGCGGCGGAGACGAUGCCGCCAGUCUCAAGGUUCAGGAAGAAGAGCAGGAAAAGACACUCGAGAAGCAAAUCAAGGACCGACCGUUGCUUCAUAUGCAGGAAGAGCUAGACAAGGAAGACGAUCAGCAAGACACGAAUGUUGGCGAGAAUGAUAGCGAAUCACCGCCUAUCCACCAUCGAAACGUUCUUGUUGACGACGACGAGGAGCUUAUCGCUCUCCAAGACCACCUUACAGACUUACACACAGCCUUUUACGAGACAUACGACCGGCGACGAGCGGAAAGGCGAGAGAAAGAGGGAACACACCCACCGGCGCAUAGCAAGUCAAAGCGCAGGGCAUCCGUUGAUGAUGGCGUUGACUUAUCUAUGGUCCCGGAUGUCGGCGACAUUCUUGAUGAACUCAAGUCCAAUGUCUUGUCCGGUCUCGUGAUUGUGCUAUCUGGGCUUGUUCCUCUGGGCGUGAGAGUGGAGGAGUCGGAGAUUGGUAUGCAGGCUCAGAGUUAUGGUGCUCAGGUCCUGGAUACAGUAUCGAAACGAGUCACACAUCUUGUCGUUGCCUCAUCACGCCCUCGUACCAAGAAGGUACAACAAGCAGCGAAAAUCCCCAGCAUUAAAAUUGUCAACCAAAACUGGCUCACCGACUGCCUAAGUCAAUGGAGACGACUCGACGAGCGACCUUAUUUUUUAGAGAUCAUGGACGCUGAUAGGGAGAAGGGAGGCGAUGAUACUACUGAAGUUACAUCGGAAGCCGACGAAGCUGAAGAUGCGCAGACGGGGCAAGAGCUUAGGGACUUUGACUGGGGAGAAGCUGAAGAUGAAUUGGCCGAAUUCCUGGAUGAUGAAGUUGGUGACGACGGCGACGUGAGCAUUGCCCCCACAGUCACAGAAUCAGACGUCGAAUCCGUCGACGGUCAGACCUCGAAAGGCAUCAAGCGUAAGGCUGAUGCCGAUGAGUCAGACGACGACGGCUCAAAUCUAGGCGAAAGUGUCCUGGCCAAGAAGCAACGCCUGGCUCGGAACAGGGGCGCCUCUGGUCUCCGAUCAAUACAAACACCCAACGGCGACGACCAAGACACAGAAGAUGGAAGUCUACCCACACCAGUUCCAACAGGCGACGAAGAUGUGGUGGAUCGGGACAAAGAGCCUCUGGUGAAUGUUGAUGACGGGGCAGAUUUUGAUGAGGAUGAGCUGGAGAGAGAGUUGCUAGCAGAGCUUAUGGCGGACUGA